GGAAGUUAUCAUUUUAGUUGGGAGUUAAACCAUUGAAAAAUAUCUUGUUUGUAUUCGGGGAUUAAUAUAAGUCUCCUUUUGAUUUGGGAGCUUCAUCAUUGAAAAAGCUAUAUUUUGGCCUGUUGAAAUCAGCCAGUGAAAAUCUCCACGAUAGUUCUUGAGCUCAGUCCGGUUAAAAGUUAUAUCAGUUUGAGAUCAACGAGGUUUAAAAUCUCAAUCAAUUUAUAAGUUGAUCCUGGUACAAAAUUUUCACUAUCAACUCUGGUGUUUGAAUAAAAUUUUCACUUGGCCGAACAAAACCAUUUGCAUUGAAAACCACAUGCUCACGAAUGAAUGCAGAGACUCCAAUCCCUUAUUCGAACUUCACCCAUUACACUACCUUAUCUGAAAGCAACCCAUUGUCUAGCAAUCAAGUCCGGUUCCAUAGCAGAUCUCUACACAGCCAACAACCUCAUAACAUCAUACUCAAAAUGUGCUCAACUUCCCCUUGCUCACCAGCUGUUCGACGAAAUGCCUCACAGAGAUACUGUAUCAUGGAAUGCAAUCAUUUCAUGUUACGCAAACACCGGCGACCUGGAUUAUACAUGGAAGCUCCUCAGUGAUAUGAGAAUCUCCGGUUACGUAAUUGACAGCCACACAUUUGGAAGCAUUCUCAAAGGUGUUGCGCGAGCUGGCAGCCUUGACCUCGGGAAGCAGAUACAUUCAGUUAUGAUUAAGACGAGGUUUAAUGAGAAUGUGUUUUCAGGGAGUGCGCUUCUUGAUAUGUAUGCCAAGUGUGGUAGAGUUGAUGAUGCAUUGGUUGUGUUUCGGUAUAUGCCAGAGUGUAAUUUCGUGUCGUGGAACACGUUGAUUGCGGGUUAUUCGCGAGUUGGUGAUGUUGAGAUGGCAUUUUGGUUGCUGAGAUGUCAGGAGAUGGAGGGUGUUGGGAUUGACGAUGGCACGGUGGCUCCGCUAUUGACAUUGCUUGACGGUGUUGAGUUUUGCUGUUUGGUAAUGCAGCUGCAUUGUAAAAUUAUGAAACGUGGGCUGGAGGAUUUUAACAUUGUCUCCAAUGCUCUUAUCAUGGCGUACUCAGAGUGCUAUUGUUUACAAGAUGCUGAGAGAGUGUUCGAUGGUGCUGCCACGUGUCGCGAUCUAGUUACAUGGAAUUCCUUGCUUGCGGCUUACUUGCUUCACAAGAAAGAAGAUCUUGCAUUUGAAGUUUUCAUUGACAUGCAGAGUUUUGGAUUUGAGCCGGAUGAUUAUAGUUAUACUGGGGUCAUCAGUCAUUGUUUUGUCAAACACCACAAAAGCCGUGGAGAAUCUUUACAUGGGAUGGUGAUAAAAAGAGGGCUUCAGGUUUCUGUGCCUGUUUCUAAUGCUUUGAUUGCCAUGUAUCUUGGAUUUGAUAAUAGGGGCAUGGAAGAUGCAUCGAAAAUCUUCUUUUCCAUGGAUGUUAAAGAUUGUUGUACUUGGAAUUCUGUUUUGGCAGGGUAUGUGCAGGUUGGUUGGAGUGAGGAAACCUUGAGGUUGUUUGUGCAAAUGAGAUAUCUUUUUGUAGAAAUUGAUGACUAUACUUUUUCCGCUGUCAUCAGAUGUUGUUCAGAUUUAGCAACACUGCAGCUAGGUCAACAGGUUCAUGUUUUGUCACUUAAAGUAGGCUUUGAUACAAAUAAAUAUGUUGGGAGUUCAUUGAUCUUCAUGUAUUCUAAAUGUGGUGUCAUAGAAGAUGCUAGGAAAUCUUUUGAAACAACUUUCAGUGACAAUGCAAUUGUUUGGAACUCGAUCAUCUUUGGGUAUGCACAACACGGACAAGGAAACAUUGCACUUGAACUCUUUAACUUAAUGAGAGAGAGGAAGAUGAAACCUGAUCAUAUAACCUUUGUCGCGGUUCUCACUGCAUGUAGUCAUAAUGGGCUCGUAGAAGAAGGCCGGAAAAUUAUAAAAUCUAUGGAGUCUGAUUUUGGUAUUCCGCUGCGAAUGGAGCACUAUGCUUGUGCAGUUGAUCUCUAUGGUCGGGCUGGGCAUUUGGAGGAGGCAAAAGCUUUGGUUGAAACAAUGCCUUUUGAACCUGAUGCAAUGGUGUUGAGGACUUUAUUAGGUGCCUGUAGAAGUUGUGGUGAUAUUGAAUUGGCUAGUCAUGUGGCAAAAACAUUGCUAGAGUUGGAGCCUGAGGAUCACAGCACUUAUGUUCUGCUCUCGGACCUUUAUGGGCGUCUGAAGAUGUGGGAUGAAAAAGCUAGUGUAACUAGGCUGAUGCGAGAAAGACAUGUGAAAAAGGUUCCUGGUUGGAGUUGGAUAGAAGUGAAAAAUGAAGUUCAUGCUUUCAAUGCUGAAGAUCAUUCUCACCCUCAGAGUGAGGAGAUAUACAAACUGCUACUACAAUUAAAAGAGGGGACUAAGUUGUUUGUUAAUUUUGUAGGUUAAACUUUAUUACUAGAUGGUUAUGAUGAUUACAAUUUCUUAUGAUCAAAGUGUAUUGUUUAUUGGGUUUGAUUGGAAGAUUUUGAAGAUGGCGCACACGGUAGUUUUAAAAUGUAGUCUACAACAACAAUUUAUAUUGCAAAGCAAAGGAUUGAAGGUGUUCUUGCCAGCAGUUUCAAAAUGAGAAAGCCGCAAUUAAGAUGAUGGAUAUGCAAUCAUCAAAAGAAUUCCUUACUAAAUGAAAGCUUCUGACACAGUUCCAUCACUUGAACUUGAAAAGGGAUGAAAGACUGGCCAAGGCACAGGUAUUUGUUGGGCACAUAAGUGUCAAAUUAUGGCAAAGGAACAUGGCGUCAAAUCAAGUUUAAGACAUGACAUGGUGAGUGUUUCAAGUUGCUUUGGAUAUAUCCGG